CCUCCCCUCUCCUUAGUUCCAAAAUCCAUAUGUGCUAUACUAUUUUGACGGAUGUGAGUCUGGCAAUCUAGUGUUAAAGAGUAGUUAGGAUGUGUAAGAGGGUGGUCCUUGAAUUACUAUAAUAACAUACCUCCAGGGAAUGAAUUUAUGUAAAAAAAUAGAAAAAUGCUAAAAAGCUAAAAAUGCUGUGUAAAUCUAACUUUUUAUUCAUUUUAAUUUUAAAUUGCACGCCCCAGUUUGAAAACUAUACCAGUGGCGCCAGUUAGCGGUGAGCGCAAGAACUAACAAAAUUAAAUAUCCCUUUUUUUCCAUAAAAUAAGCAACUUUUAUGAUUCAUUGGCAUUAGUAAAAUAUUCUAUGGAUUUAGUUCUAAUAAAAUAAUCCUAAUUCAAUUAGCUGCGAGCCUUACGUUUGUUAUUUAAAAAAUAACACUUUGGGGACGCUGAAACACUAUAGCCAUCUAGUGGUGAAACCCUCAUCAAAUUACUGUUCAAAAAGUAAAUUCGAAUCGUAUUCAAACAUUCCCGUAUAUUUUAUAAAAGGUAAACAUUUACAAUACUAUAAUAGUGGCAUAACGUUUAUAGAAAUACCAAACAAUUUGUCUAUUUCAUAAUAUGAGAGUAUGGAUACGUUCAUUUGUAAUAAAUGCUUUGCUACACCAUACAGGGGGAAAAAACCAUUUUGCUUAACACAAUGUGGUCACAUAUAUUGUCAUGGAUGCAUACAGCAAGCUGAGAAGCAGUGUCCUCAGUGCCAGCAACCAGAUAUAUUUUCUGUGGAGUUACAACAACCAUCACUGGCAAAAGUAGAAAAUUUCUUUGCUCCACUCAAUGAAUCAUUGGAAUCAUUGCAUAAAAUAUGUGGAUUCCAAAAUAAUCAAGUGAAAAUUAUGAUACAACGUUUCUAUGAGAUUGAUAAAAAGUAUGAAAAACUGAAGUCUCACUAUUAUAAUCUUACUCAUAAUAUAAAAAUGCUGAGAGACAAAUAUAUUAAGCUCAAAACGGAAAAUACAGAACAAAAGAAGAAACUUAUGACCUUUGAAGUAAACAAUAGAACACUAAAUUCUUUGAGUGAUUCUACACCAUUAAGCGUUCAAAAUCAAAGAAAUGCAAACAGCAGACAAGCACCAAAUUCAUAUUUUUCAUCUUGCGGAACUAAUAUAUCAAGUCAAUCUUUUAAUGUAGGAAGAGGACAUACAAUAUUAGAAGGUUUUCGUAUACCUUAUCCUCUAUCUGUAAAAUCAGUUGGUUCUCGUGGAACUUCAGAUUCUAAUUCUACUUAUACAUUUAGACGUUAAAUACGAUUCUAAUAUUUUCAAGAUUUAAGUAUUAUAUGUAUUUAUUAAUCAACUUUUCAGAAAUUCUUAAACAUAAUUUUUAAAUUUUUAAAUUAAGUUUUUAAAUUAUAAAUUGUAGUUUUGUUUUAUAUCGAUUAAGCAUUGUAAAAUGCAAUGAUUAUGACGAACAGAAACAAGUGAAAAGGUUAAGUAAAAUCGAAGAUAAAAUAAUUUACAUGUAGUACUUUGAAAAAUACAGAUAUGCUUAUUUUUACCAUCAAUCAUAGGUCUUGACAACUAACAGAUAUUUUAAGAGAAAAAUAUCUGUGGAAAAACAAGUUUAUUUUGAUCGUAACAUUGAAUAAAUGUAUAAAUUUAGAAAUAAUUACAUGAUAACAUGAGAUUAACGAUUACCUCAUGAUUGUAGACUAAGUAAGCUAACAAUUUAAAAAUAAU